AUCUGAUCCAUUGAGCAAUCAAUCCAUUACUCCAACUACCGCCAUGAGACUUGCACUCGACAUGUCCCUCUCCUACGUGGACCCCCAGCCCCGAGACGGAGGUGCUCCCAACCCAAGCGCCGCUACAUCACGACUAUCUCUCUCCAAGCUCGUCUCCAUGGCCGGCGACGGCCCCCAGCCCCGUGACGGAGGCUAAUUGGACACACACACACACACAACGCCAAUCUCAAUCCCCACAUAUUUCGAGUACUGCUUUCAUCCGACUUACCGACCGACGGCGCAUCGCCAUGGCCAUGCUCCGACCUCCCGACGACUGUCGUCAAAGCUCGGAUGGUGCCGGACUCGACCAGCUGCACAACCGCAACGGACUUUGCUCCAUGUACACUACCGUCCAUUUCACACGACUUGAUGUUUUUCAUUAUACCACUGUACUUUUAUGGGUUUCUUUUUGGGGCUGGAAUUUGGAAUUUCCUUCUGGUCUUUUGGGGGAUCAAGGCGUAUCGGUAUUACAGGGCAUCUUGGGCAACCUCUGGGAAGAUGGAUAGACGGCGUUGGGGAUAGACCGCACGCGUUUCGCUGCAACCGGGUUUGAUUGGCUUUGCCCUCGUCAAACUCGGGCUUUUCUUGGGUCGUGCCGUUCCACUGGGGCUCGGUAACUAAUCGUCUUUUUUUGUUGAGUAACAUAGACAAGACAAUGCACACCAGACAGAAACGUUUGGGCCUCAGGGCUACGUGAUCAC